AUAAACUAAAAUAAAAUAAAACGAAAAGAAGUGAGUAUUUCUUGAAAAGAAAAAAGAGUUAAUAGAGAGAAAAUCUGCAACCAAGCAUUAUGCACCCAAAAUUUUCCGAAAUCUCAAAAUAGUCCUUUAAAAACUUGCCAAAUUCAUCCCCGUCGUCUCUCUGCUGUGAAUCAGCACAACUCCAGAGAAGCUGAGCUCCUGUCGCCACUGUUAUGGCGGGGAACGCCGUCACUCUCCGUCUUCAGCAUCUCUAUUCUUCUCCUCGAACGUCAUUACCUCACUAUUCCUUGGUCAAUUCUCAUAACCCCAUCCUCCAGUUCGGUUGCAAUCGCACGAACAAUUCUCUUCUCCCUCACGAGAAAUGCCGGAAUCCAGUCCACGAAGUUCGGGCUUGGAGCGCGAGACCGCGAAGUGGUAUGGUGAUGGGCGACUACAUCGAUGAUAUCGACGAAGAUGAUGAUGAGGAUGAUGAGGAAGAAGAGGAGGAAGAUAGGAGCUUGGAUCUUUUGAUUAGGUUUGUGGAGAAUGUUUUCAGAAAGGUGUCCAGAAAAGCGCGCAGGGCCGUUAAGUCUGUUUUGCCAGUCCCUAUCUCCACCAAAUUGGUGGGAUUUGCUGUGAAUGGAACCAUAAUUUUGACAUUUAUGUGGGUUUUGAAAGCUUUUCUUCAGGUGAUUUGUACACUUGGGAGUGUAGUGUUCGUGAGUAUAUUGAUAAUUCGAGGGAUAUGGAGUGGGAUAUCGUACUUGCAGGAGAGCAGAGCAUAUGAAGAUGAGCCUCGCUCCCACUCCUGGAAACCUGCUGCCUAAUCUCCCACCCUUACUAUUCUUCUAAACCAUAUACUUAUUAACCAUUUCCGAUUACCUCAUUUCCUCAUCUCUCCGUCUGCGUCUGCUUAUUUAAUUUUUUUAUUUUAUUUUCGGAGAAUGUGUGCUUUUCAUACAUACACUAGUUUUAUCUAAAUCUCAAAUACUGUUCCAAGAACUGGCAAAGAAUAUUUAAAAUCGCAAUCUUGACGAUUUUUACAUACAAAA